AUGGAAGGUCGUGGUCUUACUUUAAGAAGCAAGUCUCGACGUCAGCGUCCUCAAAUCAGCGCCCCUAAACCAAUCUCCGGUCCUCUCCCUCCAAAUACCAGGUCGCCCGAAGAGCAGGUCCCCACCCGUGAGCGGGUGCCCCAGAGUGAGGCAACCUCUGACUUAGUCAAACGGCGGUACUCUUCUCGAUUUGCUGCUCCCGAAUUUGAUGCAACUGCUCCUCCUGUCCCUGCACUUCCCACUCAAGUGCCCGGUGGACUGAGUGGAUUGACCCCUCCAGCGCUUCCGAGGCAGCCAUCACCUGCAGAUCCGAAUGCACCAGCCCCGACAGUCGACCUCAAAGUGUUGCGAGAUCCUAGUCUUCCUGUUGAUCGAUAUGUCGCCAGUCUUCUUGCCAACGCAUCGGAAGAGGAAAUCCAGAAGUAUCAGGAGAGCCUACGCAAAGUGAGGAACCGCACCUCGACUGAUUUGCAACAAAAUGUCUACCAAAAUCGUACACAAUUUAUCAAGAUCAGUAAAGAGGCGGAGAAGCUCAAGGAUGAAAUGCGGACCCUUCGUACCCUCAUGGCAGAACUUACCACGGCGCUCGGACAAACAAGCGUAGGGAAUACACCUAAUCCCAUGUCGCCAAUGGAGGACUCGUUCCCCAAACGCAAUGCCAACCGCAGCUCGGUCGCAAAUCUUGAGAGCAUGUGGAGCGUGCAGUUACAAACGCUAUGGAAAACUGUGGAAGGGUCGCAGAAGUGGCUCCCAGCUGUGCCAGGCCGGCACAUUGUUUUGGAGACAGGCAAUUGGGUUGAGCUGGACUCGGCCACCUGGAAACCGAGGCGAGCCGUUCACAUUGUUUUGUUGAACGACCAUUUACUUGUGGCUUCGAAGAAGCGUAUGCGCGUCGACCAAAGCAAUCCCAACCACCGAGGACCGGUUCCAACGAGGCUAGUAGCCGAAUUUUGUUGGCCCCUCAGUGAUAUUGAUAUGCUUGAUCUCGGGGCCAAUCUAGGGACGGGCGCUGAUCGUGAAGAGGCCACGGAUCGGGGCAUUGGAAGGUCUAUCAGCAUUCGCGUUGGAAAUAAGCCUUUCACAUAUCGUCAUGAGGAUACAUCAACCAAGCAAGAGCUGCUGGCAACCUUCCGCAAGACGGUCGAGGACUUGCGUCGCACGAUGCGAUCGGAGACCGAGGCCGCCAGUAAACCAUCGGAAGCAUAUGGAUACCUGGCUAGUCGACAGCUUUCCCAUCAGAAAAAGACCGAGUCUCUGGACUUGAGCGAUACCCCGCGGGACAAAUCUGAUGUGCGUAUUGAUGUGGACGGGAAACAACAAAACCUUCGCUGGGUCGAAGGGCAAGUAGAUGAGCUCGAUAUCGAUAUCGCUUUACAGCGAUUCGAGGCAUCUGUGUAUAGCAUUGAGCGGCUACGGAAAUUGGCAAAGGGCCUCAAAGGCAACGCUAUCGCACAGGACGUCAUCAAUGUUAAGGUUAACGGGCGUGCUACACGGUUGGCAGGAAUUCUUUCACGGGCACUGGUGGACAAACACUCAUUCCCGGCAGCUACCAAGACUCAUGUUACCUGGUUGACCCGUUUAGGGUUUGAAGACCAGGCGCGUGAGACGUAUUUGAAAGCCCGAUCGGACGUGAUUGUUCAACGCAUCCGAGCCUGCAUCUUCGAAGGCGAUUUGCCUCUUUAUAUCUUCCAGAUUUCCUUCGUCUACUUCAAACUCAUCAAGAACACCAUCGCCGUCUAUCAAUCAUGCUUUCCCAGUGUAAUGAGCAGUUCCUGCAUUCGCUGGGCCAAGCAUCAUCUUGACGGGUUCAAUGCCUUGCUCAACCGACAACUUAGCAGCGUGCAACGUGGUACAUCGGUCUGGCAGAAAUGUCUUGACAUCGUGUAUGAGCAUGCUGCCCUUUUGAUGGAGGUGGGUGUGGACUUCACGGACCUGGUAGCUCGCGGGUUGGAAGAUAAUGGCGAGGUUUCGCUGGAUGGGCCACGUACCGUUCAACCUGGCGAGCUGGCGCCAACCCCUUCCCCGGCGGCUAUGUUGUAG